AUGGCUAAAACUUAUGAUUAUCUGUUUAAAUUAUUAUUGAUUGGAGAUUCUGGAGUUGGAAAAACCUGUGUGUUGUUUCGUUUUUCUGAUGAUUCUUUCAACAACUCAUUUAUAUCAACUAUUGGCAUUGACUUUAAAAUUCGAACUAUUGAUUUAGAUGGGAAGAAGGUCAAGUUACAGAUAUGGGAUACUGCUGGGCAGGAAAGGUUCCGCACGAUCACUACAGCUUAUUAUCGGGGCGCAAUGGGGAUAAUGCUUGUAUAUGAUAUUACCAAUGAAAGGUCGUUUGAGAAUAUCAAAAACUGGAUUAGAAACAUAGAAGAACAUGCUUCAUCUGAUGUAGACCGUAUGAUUAUUGGGAACAAAUGUGAUAUUGAAAACAGACGGCAGGUUUCUCGAGAGCGAGGCAAACAGCUCGCGGUCGAAUACGGAACUAAGUUUUUUGAAACUUCUGCAAAGGCUAACAUUAAUGUUGAAGAAGCAUUUUUUACUCUUGCGAGAGAUAUAAAGUUGCGAACUGAGCGAGCUACUCAUCAGAACACAGCUCAGAGUACUGGGCGUAUUAGUAUGCAGCAGCCAAUGAAGAAGACUUCCUUCUUUUCAGGUUGGAAGUGUAACAUUUUAUGA